AUGUCACUCUUCAGAAGCUUACAAAACUCUCCUGCUACAAUUAGUAUAUUUCAUAAUAAUAAAGUAUCACUUUCCAAUGAAUUGUAUCUGGUUUUGGAUAAAGCAUACUAUAAAUUGAAUGACGAUAAGAACUAUUUCCAGGUUGAUCUCAUGGCUAAUAAGAUGCCAACAUAUGACCAAUUCCUUUUGAUAACCAACAGCUGUUUGAAAGAUAGAGCUAGUAAGCAGGCUUUGAGGAAUUGUUAUCCAUUUAUGUACGGUAAGAAGUCUGGUGAAAUCAACAAUCAGAUUACAGUUGAGUCGCCAAUCCGUCCGGAUAAUGGCGGAUUAAACGUAUUUAGCGAAGGCGAAUAUGCUAUGAUCUACGAAUCGUUCAACAAAUUGAUUGAAACAGAGGAACCUGAUGUUAAUCCGUCUGACAUUUUCCAAGCACCAUUGAUUGUAGACUGGGACCAAUGCUUAAUUGCAGCAGAUAAAGAAGGAUUAUCUAGCAUUUUGAGUAAAUACAGGGGCUAA